ACAAAGCGAACACGGACACCUGACACUCCUCUCUACACUACACUCCUGUCUCAGUGCUGCUUCCUGCAUUCAUCUUCACGUUAGUUUGCUUUUCUUUCCACUUGUUAAGUUUAUUUUCACAUCAGCUGGUGCAUGCGGUCGUUUUUCCUCCUUUCUGUUCACUCACACAUGCACAGGACUGAACACUGACAUCAUCACAACAACCUCCUUCCUUCUCGCCUCUCCUCCUGAGCUGCUGCUAAUAUCGUCUGCUAGCAAAUACAGUCCUUCUAAUAAUAAGACAGUUGGCUUUAUCCUGCACUGCUACACACUACACCGCAGAUCAGGAUGUUCUCUCGUCUGGCUCGCUGUGCCUCUAGAGCGGCUGUGCACGCGCUGAAAGGAGCCAGUCGUCUCUCCAAUCCAGCAAAAGUGCCUUGUUUUGGGUAUCAGACACUGACAGCAAACCCGCUACCCACUGUUGGAGGGAGUACAGUGGUUAAACAUGCUCAAGUCCUGGAUCACAAAAGGCUGCUGCAGGUGGAGUGGGAAGAUGGAAGCUGUAGUUUUUAUCCAUUCACCUGGCUGAGGGAUAACUGCCAGUGCCCUCUGUGCAUGCUGCAGUCAGCACAAGCCCGGAGUCUGCUCUUCACCGACCUUGACGUGCAUACUGGAAUGGACCAAGUGCAAAUAACUGACAAUAACAAGGUCUCGAUCACAUGGCCAGAUCAGCAUAGCAGUGAGUUUGAGCCUGACUGGUUAAAGAAAAGAUGCUUCUCACCUGAGGCCAGACAAGCACGACAGGAGGAACUUUUUCUAAAUGAGCGUGAAUUCUGGGAUUCUGCUCUGCGGAUGCCUGUGGCAGAUUUCGAGGAGGUCCUGUAUGAUGAUAAGGCUGCUCUGGCCUGGCUUACAACCCUAAGGCGUGUCGGGAUUGUGUACCUGAAAGGGGCGCCAGCAGAGCUGGGCCAGGUGGCUCGACUGGGUCAGAGAAUUGGAUACCUCAGAAUCACGUUUUACGGUCACACAUGGCAAGUACAAGACAAGCCCAUGGCUAACAACGUGGCAUAUACCUCCGGCAAGCUGAGCUUGCACACAGACUAUCCUGCUCUGCACCAUCCUCCUGGGGUGCAGUUCCUACACUGUCUGCAGCAGGCCCAGCAGGGUGGUGAGAGUAGGGUGGUGGACGGCUUCCACGUGGCCGAGCUGCUCAGGAGAGAGGACCCCGAGGCAUUUCACAUACUCUCAUCUCUCUACAUCGACUACACAGACACCGGCUCAGACUACUGCGAUUUCAGCGUGCAGUCCAAGCAGCGCAUUAUAGACGUGGACAGCGAAGGCCAUGUGGUGAGGAUAAACUAUAACAAUGCAACGCGAGACACGGUCCUGGAUCUGCCUCUCGAUCAGGUACAGCCAUUCUACUCCUCCCUGAAGAGCUUUGUGGAGCUAAUGAACCAGCCAGAGAACGUGGUCACCUACAGGAUGGAGCCAGGUGACCUGGUAACCUUUGACAACUGGCGUCUGCUGCAUGGCCGGAAACAUUACUUAUCUGGCGGCAGGACCCCAAGACACCUAGAAGGAGCAUACCUGGAUUGGGAUGAAGUCAUGUCCCGUCUGCGCGUUCUCCGUAAAGCCGUCAACAGAGACGGCUAGAGGUUCCUUUUACUUCAUCCGGAACACCAGUUCCGUCAGGAGUCAUCGAAGCCUGAAGCUGAAUUGUUGCAUGCUGUUUAGUUGAAAUUGGAUAGUUUAAGACCGACCCCAAUGUGAGAUUUGGCAGAUAUGUUUUUGAGAUCUACUUUAGGAGGACAAAAACAAACAAAAAAAACCCUUUGAGUCUUUUUCCAACUUGAUCUAAAAGUUUUGUACAGCAGGAUGAUGAUGAUCUGGUAAAAACGUGUUAGGCACCAAAUUUCCAUUUUAUUGCACUAUAAAUCGUAAACUAUUCGAUUAACACGGCACUGGAUGUGAAGCCAAUAUUCUCGCACCCAUUACAAAAUGAAUUUAAAAGCCUGACUAAGAAACCAAAAACACCCGGGUGGUCGUUAUAUUGAACCUGCCAAUAUGGCUGCUCAAAUUCUUAAGGGACAUUUUAGUUCUGAACUGUCAAUGAAUUGUCUUAUUAAUAUUUAAUAAUCUUAGGGGCCUAAUGACAUUAAACAUUUAUUUUCCAUAACUUUCAUUUACGUAGUGUUGUAUACAACACUUCUCCACUGAAAAGUAUGCCUCACCACGAUUUGGCAACAAAUACAAACUCAGAACUAUCCGUAUCCUGCCCUAGUGUGCAUCAUUCCCCACUGUAUAACUCGACUAGAAGUUUCCCUGUUGGAGACUUAAUAUGCAUGAUAUGUAAAAUAAACUGGCGAACCGUUCCCAUUACAGCUAGAACUUCAGACACCCCCCCCCCCCCCCCAAAAAAAAAAGAGCAAGCAACAGGGCAAAGGAUUUUGCAAGGAAUUAGGGGCAGGGUGCCAGGUAGCUUCGUUGUGUGUAGUUGAUGUUGAUUUUAAAAGUAACCAAGUAAAUUACACAGGGAAAUGAAUACUUAAGUCUGAGUGAGAAAUACUGUAGCAAGCGUGUGUGGAAGAAGAGUCUGGAGACAGAAAUCUUAGUUUCUCAGUCGUUAGCAUGUGCUACUUGUGCUCGAUAGCACUAGCUUGGCUGCUUUAUUGGCAUUCGCUAGCACUACUGAUGAAUGCUACACUGGCUGGAAGGUGACUUCACUGCCGUGCUAACGGCGUCAAUUCGCAGUUAAGCUAGCGUUGGCCUUCGAGAAGGCUGAAGGUAAUACAUUUUUGGUCCCUCCCACUAUAAAUCAAAAUCUGAUUGGUUAAUUCAUCCGUCACUUCCGACAUAAACCUACACUACCAUGGCCUUCUGUCCUGGCAAUGAAGACCUAACCAAUGAGUGAGCCAGCUCUAAACUCUUCUCAACCUUGAGACAACAAACAAAAUCUCAUUGGAUAACUAUUUUAAUGUUUUUAGGACAGUAACCCUUUCAUUUCUGAAGUUAAUUUGAUAGAAAAUGAAGCCAAAUCAGUAUUAGAAGAGAAUCAUUCUAAUGAAAUUAUGAAGGAAUGAAAGCAAUUAAAAGAAUGAAAGAAAUUAAAUGCAACAUUUGAAAUGGUGAUAUGUUUGGGCCGUCUAUGAACACCUAGAAGGCCCCGACAGUUCCCCUCUGGUAAAAUACUACCCAAAAGAAAUUUAAACUCUGUGGAAAGCGUAAAUUAUCUGAUGUUAAAAUACAUGUCCUGGACCACCGCUCAACCAUCGAGUGAAAGCAAGCACACUGGUUAAUGGCAGUAUGCACACCAAAACAAAAAGGUGCUAAUGGUUUAAUAUUUAAUCAAAAUAAAGAGAAGAAAACUUUCACUUUUCUUCUCAAAACACCCAAACUUUUACUCUUUAGUGUAAAAGGAGGACUUGAAGCACAAAUGACAUUGAAAACAUUUUUUUACAACACUGAUUAGGAGGCCAUUUGGGAUUUGCGAACUAAAGAUGGUGGAUUUUACUUGGCUCACAGGGAAGAAAUGUAGGACCAAGCUAAAUAGUGAUGAGAAAAGGUUACUGAGGGUACUUAAAGAAAUUGAAACCAUAAAUUGCUGUUUCAGCUUUGCUGGCUACAUACAGUUGUGUUCAAAAUAAUAGCAGUGUGUUUAAAAACGUGAGUAAAGCUCAAAAUCCUUAUAAUAGUUUUUAUUUCCAUGCAUUGGGAACACUGCACAUUAUAUUCUACAUCAAAACAUGAAGAAAAAUGUAUCAAUAUUUUAAUUACUUUACAGAAAAUGAAGAAAAAUGAACAUUGGGCUGUUCAAAAAAAUAGCAGUGUCUGCAUUUUUCAUUACAAACUCCAAAUAUUUACUGUAUAAACUGAAAAAAUCGUAAGGAUUUAGUAUUCCUGUGAAUCACUAAACUAAUAUUUAGUUGUAUAACCACGGUUUCUGAGAACUUCUGGCACCUGUGAACAGGUAUUCCAGCCCAGGAUGAUUUGACAACAUUCCACAAUUCCUCUGCAUUUCUUGGUUUUGCCUCAGAAACAGCAUUUUUGAUGUCACCCCACAAGUUUUCUAUCGGAUUAAGGUCCGGGGAUUGGGCUGGCCACUCCAUAACUUUCAUUUUGUUGGUCUGGAACCCUGAUGCUGCUCGCUUACUGGUGUGUUUGGGGUCGUUGUCUUGUUGAAACACCCAUUUCAAGGGCAUUUCCUCUUCAGCAUAAGGCAACAUGACCUCAAGUAUUUAGAUAUAUGCAAACUGAUCCAUGGUAUGCGAUAAAUGGGCCCAACACCAUAGUAAGAGAAACAUCCCCAUAUCAUGAUGCUUGCACCACCAUGCUUCACUGUCUUCAGAGUGUACUGUGGCUUGAAUUCAGUGUUUGGGGGUCGUCUGAAAAACUGUCUUGGACCCAAAAAGAACAAUUUUACUUUCAUCAGUCCACAAAAUGUUUUUCCAUUUCUCUUUAGGCCAGUCGAUGUGUUCUUUGGCAAAUUGUAUCCUCUUCAGCACGUCUUUUUUUUUUAACAGUGGAACUUUGCGGGAGCUUCUUGCCGAUAGAUUAGCUUCACACAGGCAUCUUCUAAUUGUCACAGUACUCACAGGUAACUUCAGACCGUCUUUGAUCACCCUGGAGCUGAUCAUUGACUGAGUCUUUGCCAUUCUGGCUAUUCUUCGAUCCAUUCGAAUGGUAGUCUUCUGUUUUCUUCCACGUCUCUCUGGCUUUGCUGUCCAUUUUAAAGCACUGGAGAUCAUUUUAGCUGAGCAGCCCAUCAUUUUCUGCACUUCUUUACAGUCUACGUUUUACCUCUCCAAUCAACGUUUUAAUCAAAGCACGCUGUUCUUCUGAACAAUGUCUGGAACGACCCAUGUUUCUCAGGUUUUCAGAGAGAAAUGGAUGUACAACAUGUGCUGGCUUCAUCCUUAAAUUAGGGCCACCUGACUGACAUCUGUUUUUUCACAGAAUGAAUAAUCUCACUAAUUAAACUCCACACUGCUAUUAUUUUGAACACGUCCCUUUCACUUAAUUAUUCGAUUACACAGACUCCGGAGCAUGCAUAUCAUGAAUGUUGGGUCUGUUGGUUUUCUAUGACUCUACUACACCUACUGGUAAAUUAUUUGCCAUGUAGUAAUAUAAUUUCCACCAAAAACAGUGAUUGAUCUGGUUAGUCGUGUUGGACUGCUAUUAUUUUGAACACAAGUGUAAAUCUGGCAGAAAAAGAGGACUUUUUAUAAAGACUGGUAGACUCUGGAGAACAUUAUGCUAUAGCUUAUUAGUGAAGAUGCUUGUGCUGGUAGAGGAACAAGUCCAGCCAAGAGCAUUAAUCAGGAUGUCCGUGUGACCAGUUUAUUAUUGAUUUUUCGUACUAUUUUUUAUCAUUAACCUCGGUUUGUGUGGUACCUGGGAUGGAAUGGUAACCAAAUUCAGCACGGAUAAACUUGGUGGUGGGAAAUACAGCAUGUUGUAAAAUACUUUGCGGAGUUCAAGUUAUUUGGAAUAAAGUGGGUUUGUUUUCAUAAACUUUAUUAUAAAAUCUGCACCUGCAAUGCAAAAACAGCCAUGUUCUGCUGUUCUAUUUAUGUUCAAGUUUAAUGACGGGUGUGACAACUGUGUGCUUUUAGCAGCUCAGAGAACAGAACUGCUCUUAUUUAGGUUAGAAAAAAAAAACAGCACAAAUGUUGAAACAUCUUCCAUUAAAGAGUAGGAUGUAUGUGUGCUUUUUUUUUUUUUAAGGUAUAAUGUUAUAACUACUAAAUGUAACCAGGAAAGCUCAUGGACUUUGUUUUUCCUUUGGCAGGGUCAAUGCAAGAUCUUUAUAACUUUUUAACCUCAGGUGUCUUAAGUGAAUGUUUGCGUGAUACAGAAAAAUCUCAGUCACCCUGUAUCCAGACUUAAAACUUUUCAGGAUGAGCUCAGUGCUGCUAGCGAAGCACAUUUAUAAUCUUAAAACGAAAGCUUCUCAGAAGGAGACUGUGUACAAGUUUUGGAAUGUUGUGGUGAAGUACUUAAAUCUAGAGCAGCACGUUUCAUAACAUUAACCCUUACAGUCCACUUGUAUUUUCAACACCCCCUUGUUAGCUUGAAGCUUGAUAGAAACGAGCGGUCACACCCUUGAGUGCACGGGGAACUAAUUUCCAGAUCCUUUUGUCCAAUUCCUUUGAACUAUGUAGACUCAUUGGUUUAUCAUCUAGCUUGUAAUGUUCUGUUUGUCAAGUAUAAAAUAUAACCAAUAAUCAAUAAAAUGCAAUA